UAAAAUGUCUCCAAAGACAAGAGUUCGACCAACGUUUCUCCAUUAUUCUGAGCUUGUACUGCAGUACUCUAAACUUCCACAAAGGGGUGUUAGACCCUGUUUUUUGAUUUUCUGUUCAUAUAUAAAUUGCUAAUUGGUAUGAUUUAAAAUGAAUGAUAUUAAACAAUCACAUGUGAAACUAGAGAUAAAAUUAGGUUAUAUUGAAAUCAGACUGGAUAAAGUGAUCAGAUAAAAAUAUAUAGAUUCACCAGCGAAAUACAAGUUAUAAUUUUCAGACCAAAACAAUGUCAUCUGUCCUUGAACUAAAUCACCUUCCAAGGACCAUUUUGGACAUCGGUGCAUAUUUGUGAUAUUGUUUUUUUAUAUAUUCCUUGUAAAACCUGUGACAGUGAAUUGGAAAGUGUUAUUGUCAGAAUCUUUGCGUCAGCAUCUGCUACAGAAAGUGGAGGAAGAAAAAUUCCUAAGGUUUUAUCUGCAACAGAUGAGUGAGCGGGACCAGAUCCAAGUCCCAGACAGAACAGGGUCAAGCCUACACAGUCUAUUCGGUUUUAGGGAAUAAAUUAAUUUGAAAUUAACCUACAGAUUCAUUAUUUAAAUGUUAAAAAUCUACAGAGCCUUUAAAGGGACAUGGGGGGAAAACAUUAGUAACAAAACAUUUCUGGUGUGACCCUGAGAAUAACCUGUUGCAUAUCCAUGUAUGAAAACGACGGAGUGGAGUUUAAGUUUAAAGGUGUGUUUACCAACAACAAACAUGGCCGCUACCAGUCUGACACAGUGAUUUAAGCAGAAUUCCCUCUCCUAAACACAGACUCAUUCCUUCCUGUCAGGACCAAUCAGCUUCCAGGGUCCACCUGAACACACACAUCACCAGUCAAUCAACCGUUCACACCUGCAGCUCUUCUCACAGUCACAGUCACAGCAGCAGCAGCGGGGACAGACAGUCAUGUUAGUAGUUCCUCGUAUUGGGUUUCAGUUAGUCGUUCCGCUGGUUUAGGUCUGGUUCUGGCUCUGAAUAACAACAUGAACACGGAGGUGGUCAGUGGUUGGACCGUCCAGUGCUGCAGCUGGCUGGAUUGGUUGGAUCAUCAACUAAUCAGAGGCUGUUACUGUAUCUGCUGCUAACACGAUCGGCAAAAAGGUGAAGACAACGGUCAGAAGAACGGAGAAGAAGAAGAGCAGACGACAUCAGAUGAAGUAGAUCCUGAAAACUCUGACAGAAUGACCGUGGAAGCAACACGACAAAGAAAGCAGCGUUGACCCAAGACUUCGACAGAACCCUACAGUAAACAGUCGGCAGUGAUGGCGGCGUGGCUGGGCCGAGUGUCUCUGGGUGAUGCCUGGUACAACCUGUGCAGCCGCCUGCUGCGGACCAAACCUGUGGGCUCCAUGGCCCGGGACUCUGACGAACUCACGGAGAUGGGGGAGGGCUCAGAAGUAGGGUUGGCUAAGGUUCUAACCACCGUGGACCUGGUGUCCCUCGGUGUGGGCAGCUGCGUGGGCACAGGGAUGUAUGUGGUCGCUGGGCUGGUGGCCAAGAACAUGGCUGGUCCAGGGGUCAUCCUGUCAUUCAUCAUCGCAGCGGUGGCAUCUAUACUGUCAGGUGUGUGCUACGCUGAGUUCGGAGUCCGUGUUCCUAAGACCACGGGCUCAGCCUACACCUACAGCUAUGUGACCGUGGGAGAGUUUGUGGCCUUCUUCAUCGGCUGGAACCUGAUCCUGGAGUACCUGAUUGGAACAGCGGCGGGGGCGUCAGCUCUCAGCAGCAUGUUCGACUCUCUGGCCAAUCACACCAUCAGCAACUACCUGAUGACACACAUCGGCAAGAUACGAGGACUCGGUAAAGGUGAGGACACAUACCCAGACCUUCUGGCUCUGCUCAUUGCCUUGUUGGUGACGGUCAUCAUUGCCGUCGGGGUGCGUAACUCCGUUGGCUUCAACAACGUCCUCAACGUGGUCAACCUGGUGGUCUGGGUCUUCAUGAUUGUCGCUGGACUCUUUUUCAUCUCCGCCAAAAACUGGGAAGCGGGCAACUUCCUGCCCUACGGCUGGUCGGGGGUGAUGAAGGGAGCUGCUACCUGCUUCUACGCUUUCAUCGGCUUCGACAUCAUUGCUACCACAGGGGAAGAGGCCAAAAACCCAAACACUUCCAUCCCGUAUGCCAUCACCGCCUCACUGGUCACCUGUCUCACUGCUUAUGUGUCGGUCAGUGUGAUCCUGACCCUCAUGGUUCCCUACGACCUGAUCGACGGCUCGGCUCCACUCAUGGAGAUGUUUGCGGUGCAUGGCUUCCCGUGGGGGAAAUACACAAUGGCUGUUGGUGCCAUCGCGGGGCUCACAGUCUCCCUGCUGGGCUCCUUGUUUCCGAUGCCCAGGGUCAUAUAUGCCAUGGCGCGGGAUGGCCUGCUGUUCAGGUUCUUGGCUUAUGUGUCGACCCUGACACACACCCCCAUUGUGGCCUGCAUCGUGUCGGGGAGUCUGGCUGCCAUCCUGGCCCUCCUGGUCAGCCUUCGUGACCUGAUUGAGAUGAUGUCCAUCGGCACUCUUCUGGCCUACACCCUGGUCAGCGUGUGUGUGCUUCUGCUGCGCUACCAGCCUGACGAGCAGACGGACACACACCAGGUGGACCCCGAGAAUGUGGAUGGUGUUAUCCUGCAACAGGAAGAGGCCUCUGAGGUCACGAAGGACGACCAAAUGCUGAUAGACGGAGACGAGUCCUCGUCCUAUCAUGCCGGUAGGACUGAAGGUGAAGGAGACGACUCUGAGUUUCACACAGGCCACGCCUCCCUGAUGAAAAGGCUCCUGGGAGGCCAUUACUACACCCUGAGGCUGCGACUGGGAAUGCCUGACGCCUCGGCCCGGCCCACGCCUGCCACUGGGCGCACAGUGACCCGAUGCACCCUCCUCCUCUUUUUCAUGUCCUUCCUCUUGUGGUCCACCAUCAUCUUCGGCGUAGAGCAGUCAGCAGGGGUUAAUGCGGCGUUCUCUGGGCUGACGGCCGCAGCAAUGUCAGCAUCCAUGGCUAAACUGAUCAUUGUGAUUCUCCAGCAGCCGGAGAGUCCACGUAAACUGCCCUACAUGGCACCGUGUGUGCCUUUUGUCCCUGCAGCAGCCAUAAUAGUCAACAGCUACCUCAUGCUCAAACUGUCGCCGCUGACCUGGAUCAGGUUCACCAUCUGGUGCCUCAUAGGUUUGUUGAUCUACGGCUGUUACGGAGUGUGGCACAGCACACUGGAGCUGAACGCCCGCGAGGAGCAGGUCCACGCCAGCUCCUACCGACGCUAUGACGAUCACCUGGACGACACCUUCUCCCCUGACGACGACCUUUAUCCUCAGGACCAGGCUGAAACACCGUACCAGGGCUGGUCUGCACCAGAGGAGAGGGGACACCAGCACCAACAGGACAACCAGUACCAGGAGGAAGAGGCCGGGGACUAUGAAGAGAGUGGUGAGCAGCAUGGGUACCAGUCAGGAGGAAGGGGCGGGUUUAGAGCUGAGCGUUCCAGAGGGAGGACCAAUCAGGGCUUUGAUGCUGAUGAAGACUACGACUGAGGCUUCGGCGUCUCUUCGUGGUCCAGUAAAGACUUAAUGGGAGAAUUUAGGGUUUUGUUUUUAAAGUGUGGGUUUAUGAGGUACUAACUGCACUGUGAGCGCCCCCUGCUGCUACAACAAGCCUGAGACACAGAGGGAGGUUUUCAGUAUAAACAUGGCUGCCAGUAAAAUCAACAGGAAAAAAACCAGGUAGAGCCGUGAACCGGUCCAGUUUGUACAGAACACAUCACAGCGAUGGUGCUUUGUGUGGUUAGUUAGUGUUUCUUUCACAAUAAAAUGUAACAUUACUAAGAUUUUACAUCAGUUUUACAGCAGUUGUGGCUCCCUGGCUGCCUCUAUCAGUGUAUUAAAA